GAAGUCAUCGAUCCGGUGCCGAACAUGUGUACCAAACCGGAAUUUGAGGAUUGAUUACGUAUGAAGGCGAAGAACUGUAGACUAUUUCAGUCUCUACACUCUUUCAUUCAGCAAGCUGUGGUACCCAGGUGUUGAUCUUCAUCCUACUGGUCUGGCAUCAAGAUGGCUGCAAAUAAUAAAGUGGAGCCGGGAGUGCCUCCUCCUCCUCAGUACACGCCCUAUCCACCCCAAGUAGGGCAAGGCCCAGCUUACGGCGCACAGCCGGGCUAUCCACCCCAUUCUUUCGUACCCAUGGGGGCACAGCAACAGUCCAUGAACAACACGGUGGUUGUGACCGGUCAGCCCACCUACGUACCUUUGAUCGUCCGUUAUGGAGAAGGUCCCAUCAUGGUCACCUGUCCACACUGCCAUGCAACAGUGACGACCAGCACUCACUACACCGUCGGCACCUUCGCCUGGCUCAUCUGCGUGAUCAUCUUACUCCUCGGGUUCUGGCUGGGUUGCUGCCUCAUCCCUUUCUGUGUGGACUCGUGCAAGGAUGUAAUCCACACGUGCCCCAACUGUCAGCAGCAGCUUGGCAAGUUCAACCGCAUGUGAGCUCUCUGGAACUUGCUGUUGACAGACACCUCAGUCAUACUACCGGCGAACGAGAAACUUUUGUUUCUGAAUGAAAAAUAUUGCAAAAAGCUGUGAUUCUGACAUGUACAUAGUUUUAAUUCACGGUUACUUUCUCUCAAUAUUUCAUUCUAUAUAAAUUGUAAAUUUUGAAGCGAUUAGCAGCCAGUAUUUAUCAGCAAGAAAAUGAUUGUUUGCAAAUUCAAUCUUUCUCUUCUUUAGCCACUUAAUGACGCAGUGAUAAGUCAGGAGUAACUGUGACAGGUUCAGAGAAAUGUGGAGAAAAAAAAAAAGAAAGGAAAGUGUAGACAGAGAAUCGGGUAUCUCGCUGUAAACAAUAAAGCAGGUGUUUGUUGCUGAAUCGAAAAUGAGGGCUGGGUAGUGUAACGCACCACAGACUUGAGGACUUUUUGCUCGGCUGUGAAUCAGACAUCAUUCGCUUGGGUCUAUGAUUUAGAAACUCUUGCUGCCCACUCAGGAAACCUGUACAUUAUCAGCUUUGCCAGCUAAGAUAAAAGAUGGAGAAAGGAGAUGACACCUUCCUCAUUCUUGUCACAGUGAACCACUUACAUUUCCUCCAGCUGUGACCUCAUGGACCCUUUACUUCCUUUAUAGCAAUCUGAGGAAAAGCCGGCUAGUGCAACAAGAAAGACAACAGGACAGAUAGAGCAAGGGGGAAAUAGGGGGUGAAGAAAAGGAUCGCACUCGUUCACUUGUCUCGCCAUGUUUCUAUGUGACGAGCUCCAGUGAAAAUCGUCUAUGGCAGUUUUCUUUCUUCCUUCGCAGCGGCUUUUUCUCGUUAAAGAAAUUAAAAGUUAGCCUUAACAUGGUAGUAAUUGUGAAAA